UGUUCCGCCGCUUUUGAAACACCUUCUCCUCCCUCGUAGUUUAAACUGUUUCAAUGGCUAACACGAAGGAGAAACCUGUUGAUGAUGUGAACCCAGAAGUGAAAGAAGCUGAGAAGGCAGAGGAAGUUGAAGAACAGAGAGACGUCAUAGAGAAAGAAGAGGAAGAAGAAGAAGAGAAAGAUAAGAGCUUCGAGGAGCUACGUCUUGAUCCUCGUCUCAUUCGUGCCUUAACUAAAAAGGGUAUAGAGAAACCCACUCCUAUUCAGCAAACAGCUAUUCCUUUCAUUCUGGAAGGGAAAGAUGUGGUUGCUAAAGCUAAGACGGGCUCAGGUAAGACCUUGGCUUACCUUCUUCCAUUGCUCCAGAAGCUGUUCUCAGAUUGUGGAAGCAAGAAGAAGAAGCCUGCUCCUUCUGCUUUUAUUCUAGUUCCUUCUCGAGAACUAUGCCAGCAGGUGUAUGCAGAGGUUUCUUCGCUUAUAGAGUUGUGUCGUGUUCAGAUUAAAGCAGUGCAGUUGACUAGUAGCAUGCCUCUAUCUGAUAUGCGUAACGCAUUGGCUGGACUGCCUGAGAUUCUUGUGACGACACCUGCUUGUAUUCCAAAAUGUUUUGCUGACGGAGUUUUAGAUCCUGCAGCCAUCAGUGACUCGCUUGAAAUUUUGGUUCUCGAUGAGGCAGAUCUUUUGUUGUCGUAUGGAUAUGAAGACAAUCUAAGGUCGGUCACUUCAAUAGUUCCAAGACGUUGCCAGUGUCUUCUCAUGUCUGCUACGACAAGUUCUGAUGUUGAGAAACUGAAGAAAUUGAUUCUGCACAACCCGGUCGUUUUGACUUUGCAAGAAGGUGCUGACAAGGAAGAGCCCGUCCCAAGUAAUGUUCAGCAGUUUUGGAUAUCUUGCAGUGCUCAGGAUAAACUGCUUCACAUUCUUGCUCUCCUGAAGCUAGAGGUGGUUCAGAAGAAAAUUCUUAUAUUCAUCAAUACCAUUGACAUGGGUUUCAAGUUGAAAUUAUUCUUAGAAAAGUUUGGUAUCAAAACUGCAAUCUUAAACGGAGAAUUGCCUCAGAACUCUCGGCUUCACAUCCUUGAGCAAUUCAAUGCAGGUCUUUUUGAUUAUUUGAUUGCAACGGAUGAUAAUAGCCAACAGACAAAAGCAAAGGAAGAGGCUAAAGACGAAGAUAACAAGGAGAAAACCAAAAACAAAAGGCGGUUCAAACCAAAGCUGGACGCUGAGUUUGGUGUAGUUAGAGGAAUCGAUUUCAAAAAAGUUCACACGGUCAUAAACUAUGAUAUGCCUCAAAGUGUGACAGGAUAUAUUCAUCGCAUAGGGCGUACAGGGAGAGCAUAUAGCAGCGGUUCUUCUGUUUCUCUUGUUUCUCCUGAUGAGAUGGAAGGGUUUGAAGAAAUAAAAUCCUUCUUGGCAGGUGAAGAUGACAAGGAUAGUGAUGUCAUCACACCCUUCCCAUUGUUGACAGAGAAUGCUGUAGAGUCUUUAAGAUAUAGAGCUGAGGAUGUUGCAAAGAGUGUUACAAAGAUUGCUGUUAGAGAGUCUCGAGCUCAGGAUUUAAGAAAUGAGAUUAUCAACUCUGAAAAGUUAAAGUCUCAUUUUGAAGCUAAUCCAAGAGACUUAGAUCUGUUGAAACAUGACAAGCUUCUGAGUAAGACUGCGCCUGCACCGCAUCUGAAGGACAUCCCUGAGUAUCUAGUGGACCCAAAGACUCAAGAAGCAAGCAAUAUGGUGAAGCUAGCUAGAGCAGCAAUGGGAAACAGUAGAAGAUCCGGCGGUGGUCGCAACAACGCAAACAAAAAACGAUCAAGAAAAGGCGGUGACCCUCUGAAAACCUUCAGCGCCAAUGGAUCUAAGAGAAGACGUAGUGGCGGCGUUGGCCAGAAGAAAGAUGGUAAAGGAUCUAGUGAUGGCCUGACCAAGAAACAAAGGACAGCUUAACAUUAUUUCGUUUUACUUAUGUCUAAUCAAAUUUUGACUC